CCUGCUACUCUACACUUGGACAUCACCACUGAGCAGUAGCCAUGGGUCUGAGCGGCUAUGGGAAGGUCAUCAUUCUGGCCAUCUGUGUGACCGGGUCAUGGCAGGUGGAAACAUCCGCGGAAUUCAAGAGCUGCGAAAGCGCAUGCAGACACAGAAGCCGAUGGAUAUCACCUUCGUCGUCGACGCCUCGUCCAGCAUAUGGCCAGAUAACUUCACCAUGGGAUUGUGGUUUGUGGAAGAUUUUGUUGACAUUUUCCAAGUCCAGCCUGACAUGGUCCGAGUCGCCGCCGUCUCCUAUGGUGACAGGGUGUACACAGAGGACGCCUUUGGGUUUGAUGAAUACACCAACAACGUGGACCUGAAGAAAGCGAUCACUGACAUACCGUACAGAGAGCUGGUCCGGCUACUGGAGACUGGGGCAGGCAUCAGGCACAUGAGGGAAACGUUCCUCCUAAUGCUCGCAAAGAUGUGA